AUGGUGUCGUAUUCGGAGCUAGCAACCAAGAACUCCAGUGUGGAUGUGACCGGUCAGCGAGCGCUCGUCGCGGGAGGAACGCAGGGCAUUGGUGCCGGUAUUGCUCUUCGAUUUGCUCUCUCUGGGGCGUCGGUGUGGCUAGUUGGGCGCAACGAGAACAAGGCAGCGGAUGUGCUCGAAUUGCUCAACAAAGCAUCGGCCGAAGCAGCACGACGUUCUAGUGCGAGCUCGAAAGCCGCUUGCACAACGUCGUCUGUCGACCAUCAAUUUUUCAAAGCGGAUCUUUCCUCCACCGCGGAAGUCAAGCAAGUGGCGUCUGAGAUCAUCGCCAAAGCAGGCAAGGGUGGCAUCGACUAUCUCAUCGAAACCGCCGGCGGUCCACCCACAGGUGCGUUCGAAACCACGCCCGAGGGCAUCGAAAAGCAGUACGCCGUCCAGGUGCUCUCCCGAGUGGGUCUAGCCAAACAGCUCGUUGAAGCAGGCGUCAUCAAACGCUCAUUGCUCAUGGUCGCUGCUCCGGGCCAAGGCGGCAAAUCCAGCAUCGACACGGACGAUCUCGAUUUUUCGCAAUCCCACGCUGCCGGCCAAUGGUGGUCCGGCCCUAUCGGUUUGCUCAACAAGGGCAAGCGAGCAUCCUCGCUUCUCGACGCCGCCUGUCAGCAUCUCGCUGAAUCCCACCCGAAUUUGACUUUUACUCACGUCUUUCCCGGCUUGAUCAAUACCAACGCACUAGCCAACCAGGGUCACAGCAGCCUACUCGUCCUCGCAGCCAAGAUAUUUGGCCCAUUGAUCGGCAGCAAGCCGGGACCGGGUGGCUACGCCGAAUUGCCAUUUUACCUCUUGGCCAACCAAGAGGGUCAGAGAUACUUGGAGGUAGGAAAGGCCAAUUUGAUCGAUCAGAAUCUCAAGAAACGCAAGAUCAGUGAGAAUGUGCAGAGCAAGGAAGUGAGGCAGAAGAUUUGGGACAAGCUCGCCGCUUACUUCUGA